AUGGAUAUUGAUACAAAUAUUCACGUUAAUAAUGAUAAUGAUGUUCUUCAUAGUAAUGAUCCUUUAAUUAUUAGAAAGAUAAAUGAAUCAAAUCAGGAUAAUAUUACUAAAAAAACGAAUUUAGUUAAUAAUAAGAUGGUUGAUGAGUCUCCUAUUAUAAAACCACAUGGUAAUAAACGUCGUCAACCCCAUCCUGUUAACAUAUAUUUUGAAUUUUUUCGUGAAAAUUUUGAAGCUAGACAUCUGGCAAGAUAUCAUGGUGAAGAAUUUAAACGGGUUGAGGCAUUAUGGAAUCAAAUUAAUUCAGAAAAGAUGUCAACAAAUGGUAAUAUUAGAAAAAAUUCACCAAGUCCUGCACAAGUUAGUGGGCAACAGGCAGUUGCUGCUAUACAACAAUUUGCUCAACAACAGGUUGCUGCUAAUUUACAUCAGGCUGCACAAAAUGUACAGUCAAAUAAUAAUGGUUCAACAACAUUAAUUUCACCAUUAUUAUCACAUAUAUCAUCUAUUACAUUACCACAAUCACCAAUCUCAACAAUCUCUAAUAAUUUUUCACCAUCAUCCUACGAUUUAUCAUCACAAUCAUUUAAAAUGGCAAAUGAUAUUUUUAAUAACAUAUCUGAUUUAUCAAUAAAUCCUCAAUUAACGCAAUUCUUAUCUAUGCUACAAAAUAUUCAACCAUCAAAUAUAUCACCUAUACCAUCAAAUGAUAAAAUUAUAGAGAAUGUACAACCAAAACAACAACAUACAACUUUAUUACGCAAAGAUAAAAUUAUGGACGGGUUGUUGAUAAAAAAAUUACCAAAAGUAAAUAAAGAGGAAGAUCCUAAUGAAAAAGCUAGACGAUUAUUAACAUGUUAUGCUUUAACAGCAAAAUUUUCAUUAGUUGAUAUGGAUAACUCUUUUUUAAGAGAAUUACUUGGAAUGAUACCUAAUUUUGAUGUACCUACAUCAAAAGGAUUAACUGAUUUAAUGAUUGAUGCUGUAAUAAAAUAUGGAGACUAA